AUGGGUGAUCUUACAGAAAGGCCUUCGCUUUCUGAGCCUUUUUCAGCCAGCCGAUCCUUAAUAAUAGACGAACCCGAAGUCAAACGCUACCACCAUCACCGUUAUGGACACGCUCCCUACAGACCACGUCCAUUUGAAUCGAAGAUCCCCAUGCAUCUUCGCACUCAACCACCCGAAAGAACACUUUUUAACUACUGGCGAUUGUUAGACAUUUUGUUUGUUUUUACCUUUAUCGGGAUUUGGUGGUACAUAGAUAGAAGGAAGGGAAUAGAAAUGAGUGAAAAUGGAAAUGGUAUGUGCAUGGUGAGAGAGUACAAUAGGGUUGAAGAACAAGAAGAACGAGUACGACUUGGUAGUGGUACUGGUGCGUUUGAAGGAGGAAAGAACCAUGAAAGGAGGAGUAAAGUUGAGAGGAUUGGUGAUGACUUGAUCAGAAUACUUAGUAGUGUAAUUGGUGCGUUGAUAUUUGAUGUGGCGUACAGUGCCCUCAAAUGGUACAAUUAUCGAAAAAAACAACGCGAUCAAGACGACGAGUAUGUUAGACAACUAGUCGACUUUCUUCAAGCCGAAGUUAGCGGCAAAACCAAAUACCGGGUUCACGAAGCGUGGUUAGACUUUGAUUUGAAAAACAAGCAGUUAGCACUGAAUGUGAGGCGAAGAAUCUGGAACAGAGCGGUCCAGUUUAUGGAAAAUGAAGUUUGGUGGUUGAGAAAGUUUAAAACGGGAAAGACGACGAUUUGGGGAGAUCAUCGGGCUGGGCAACCGUCGUGA